CCUCCACCUGCAUUUCCUCCCUAAAUUCCUCAUAUUUUGUUUCUUUUCCUCUCUUGGUUUCCGUCAUGGGGAGAGAGACGAAGGUGUGCAAGUCAUGGAACGAAAUUAAGAAACAUCUAAAUGAUACCGUUUCAAAGAGCAUAGUCGGUCGUUACUUCAAGCUAGAAGCAAGAAAAUCAAAUUUCACAACCGAACUACGAGCUGCAACAGCCACAUUCCUCACCAUGGCUUACAUCAUUACCGUAAACGCCACCAUCCUAGCUGACUCUGGUGCCACUUGCUCCUUCCAUGACCAUGACUGCUCCACCGACUCUGGUUCUUCAUCACCUAAACCGAACUGCGUCCUUGGCUCCAACCAAGGCUACGAAGAAUGUCUUGCGAGGGUCAAAAAGGACCUCGUUGUAGCCACAUCUUUGUCAGCCAUGGUGGGAUCUUUAGCUAUGGGGUUGUUAGCUAAUCUCCCAUUCGGACUUGCUCCUGGUAUGGGUGCCAACGCUUACAUCGCAUACGACGUGGUUGGUUUUCGCGGUUCCGGUUCAAUCUCUUACCAUACCGCUAUGGCCAUUGUGCUACUCGAGGGAUGCGCAUUUCUUGCAGUGUCUGCUUUAGGACUCCGCGGAAGACUGGCUCGUCUCAUCCCUCAAACGGUGAGACUAGCAUGCGCUGUUGGUAUCGGAAUGUUCAUUGCCUUUGUUGGUUUGCAGAUGAACCAAGGUGUUGGUCUUGUGGGACCCGAUAAGUCAACUUUAGUAACGUUGACCGCAUGCUCAGAGACAGAUCCAGUCACCGGAGCUUGUCUGGGAGGGAAAAUGGAGAGUCCUACGUUUUGGUUAGCAGUCGUCGGGUUUCUCAUAACGAGCUACGGUCUCAUGAAGAACGUCAAGGGGGGUAUGAUAUAUGGAAUCGUUUUCGUUACGGUUGUUUCUUGGUUUAGAAACACCCAAGUCACAACCUUUCCUCACACUCCUCUCGGUGACUCAAACUAUAACUACUUCACAAAAGUUGUUGACUUUCACAAGAUCCAGUCAACGUUAGGAGCUAUAAGCUUCACGGAGUUUAGAAAGAGCGAGGUUUGGGUCGCGUUCGCUACUCUCUUUUACGUCGAUCUCCUUGGCACGACUGGAGUACUCUACACGAUGGCUGAGAUCGGAGGCUUCGUGGAGGAGGACGGAAAGUUCGAAGGAGAAUACACUGCCUACUUAGUGGACGCAGGCUCCUCCGUUGUGGGGUCAGCGUUAGGCGUUACAACGACAGCGACUUUUGUGGAAUCUUCUGCGGGUUUGAAAGAAGGAGGGAAAACGGGGUUAACGGCCGUUAUCAUCGGUAUGUACUUCUUGGUGUCCAUGUUCUUGACGCCGUUAGUGACUAACGUGCCUAGGUGGGCGGUGGGACCGUCACUAGUGAUGGUUGGUGUGAUGAUGAUGGGAGUUGUGAAAGAUAUUAGAUGGGGAGAGACUAAAGAAGCCGUUACGGCGUUUAUAACGAUCUUGCUGAUGCCGUUGACUUAUUCCAUUGCUAAUGGGAUUAUUGCUGGUAUUGGUAUAUAUCUUGCUCUAAGCAUGUACGAUAUCGUUUCGGGAAUCGUCACGUGGCUUAACGGAGUUAGGAAACGGGUCAUGAGAGAACAUAAUCAAGUUUUCUCUGACGCAACCGUCGAGAUCGUAUGAUUUUUUACGGUAAUCGAUGUCACUAAACCGGUUUACUGGUCUGAGUGUACCGGAAGUGGUGGACGUUUCACAUGGUCGGUCGUCGGAUGACUAUGCAAAGACCCGUAAUGAAUGCUCGGUGGGUUUUAUUUAUGUUCCUUCUUUUUGUUGCUGUUGUUAUUUUGGUUUACUUUGCGUAGGAGUGAGUAGUGAACUAGCAUUGGAUGCAUUAGCUGCCAUGAAGUGUGUUGUUAAAAUUCACGGCUGCUUGUGCAUGCAUUGUUUUUGUGUUUCAGCAAAACGCUUUUCUUCAGUUUGAAUGUAGCAAA